ACAAAAGAAUACGUGAAUGGUGAUCUAAGUGUGAAGAGUAAAACAGAUUCCUCUGUCAAUAACUGGUUCUAGUUGAAUAAAAUUUAUGUAAAUGAUAAACUGGGUUUUGCAGCUCUAGGGAACCUUGGGCCCAAAAGAAAGGGGAAAUGACACUUUUGGUUUGGGGGGACAGUUACCUCGCCCGUUACGAAAUGGUGUAGGAGUUAAUUAGAACCAGAAAAUAUUGUCAUUGGCUUUUCAAAGUCACUGUCAGCUGUUUGCCCUUGGCCAAUAAACAAGUGAACAGAAUUGAUGGGCAAUGUAAUCAGUUCAUUUUUCUCAGGCUUCACAGACGUCAUUGCCAAACUUUUUGGCUCUCCAAUUGACUUUCUUGCUGGAAAGUCCUGCAGUUCAGUCUGUGGAUCAACAUGGGAUUUCAUAUGUUACAUAGAGAAUUUUUGCGUUGCCAAUCUGCUGAAGUUGAUCAUGGUGUUAGUUCUGUCCUACAUUGUUCUCCUAUUCUUUUAUCUGCUGUAUAAAGUGGGCAUCUGCCAGUGCAUUGGUCAUAGUCUGUGCAGAAUGGUAUGGGCAUGCAUGGCAUGCUGGUUCUCUUUUUGCGAAUUCUGUUGCACUUUCUUCUGCCUUAAGCUUCUAAAGAUUAAGAGGAUAAAUCGAGGGCGUAGAAGAGUUAGAGAAUAUCGGUUUGAUACUGGUGAUGAACAUGAUGAUGAAAGCUUUUCAUAUCGUAUUUCUAGACCUACAGAAGCAAGCAGUACAUCCCUAUCUGGCCGAUGGAGAGACUACAGAGGAGUUCACUUACGAAAGUCUUUGAGGCCUAGAAGUCAUCGAAUAAAAGUGGGGAUAAAAAGAGAUGCUCUUUAUGAAAGAAACCAUAGUAAGCAUGACCAUCAUAUAAACACAGUUCAUGGCAUUAGGGUGACACAUACAUCAAAAUUUGCACAGAAAGGUUCAAAUCGUAGGGGAAGGGUUCAUCAUAGAAGGAGAUAAUUCUGAAAACUAACAGUACGUAUUUAUCUUUUCAAUCUCAUGGAAACUUUUGGCUUUCUCCUGGAAGUGGUUAGAAUGGUAUGGGCAUGUCUUAACAUAUGAUCAUUUUCUCAUCCUCUCCCUGCAGUGGAAUUUGACAGAACCAUCCUCUCCUUCAUUUAUAUCCUAAACUUAUAGUUCCUUUCUUGCAUUCGAAGCGACGCAAUGCUUGACUGCCUGCAGAAUAUAGUUUAUUUAUUCCUUUUCAACCUCUGCUGGUGCAUUGAUAGGAUAGUUCUCAUAGCACUUCACUGGAAUGCAUUAUCUUCAGAUAGUCCUUAUCUUGAAUGAUA